AUGGCGCUUAUCAAAGAUAUCAACAUGUCCAAAACAGAGUGGGAUCUCAAGCUUCGUUUGAUUCGGUAUUACGAUAAAACUUUCAUCAAUGAUAGGACUUGUGUGUAUGGAUUCGACUGGUAUGCGCAAUUGAAUAUUGGCAAGGACGAGAUAAAAAUUUUGGCUCUAUGCGAAGUUGAAAAGUCAUUGCCUAGACGUGGGAGGAGUCUACGAGAUUUUGAUUCUAUGCCUUACCCGACUAUUGAUGAUCGUGAGAAUAGUCGUAAUAGGAUGUUGCUUGAUGAACUCAACUAUGAUCGAAAAGAGACGACCACCGGAGUUCCAGCCAUCCCGAACGGGAAAGCCGCCUGCCGCCAGAGACGCGUAGAAUCAGGGAUGAGGAGCGAGCCGCCGAGGGCUACCGCCGGUCGAAGCCACGAUUUCGCCGAGGAAGGCAGACGCCGGAGCAGCUAG